UCGCCAUUCUGUUCACUCAUGUUGGCUUCCAUUAGCUGUUAGCUGGAAAUAUGGGAAGCGUUAAUGAGUUCGCCUUCCCGGCUGGAGAUGAAAGCGACGCCAGCAACGACGAGUGGGACAUUGGCUCCUUUUCGGAAAACAAGACUUCUGGCAUAAAGGACUUAGCCUCUGCUGAGGUGGGUUCAGGCGACAACAUCUCGGUGCUGAAAAAAGCCAUCAGUGAAGGAGACACAGAUACUGUCAAACAACUGUUGGACAAUGGCCUGGAUGUGGAAACCAGGCUGGGCUUUGGAUGGACUCCUCUCAUGUAUGCCGUCAGUGUGGCAAACUGCAACCUGGCCAGGCUGCUGUUGGACAGAGGAGCCAGUGCCAAUUUCAGCAAAGAUUGCUGGACCGUGCUUAUGGCCAGUUGUACUGCCUCUAGCAGUGAAGACAAAAUAGCACAUUGCGUCGAGCUUCUGCUGUCCAGGUCCGCCGAUCCCAACAUGGUGGACAGGUCUCAAAUGACAUGCCUGAUGUUGGCAGCCAGAGAUGGCCUCUGUAAGGUGAUAAACCUACUGGUGUCCCAUGGGGCAGAAAUCAACGUCCAGGACAGUAAAGGAUACACAGCCUUGUCCAUAGCAGUUCAGUAUGGCAAGGAACAGGCUGUGUUAAAGCUCCUUCAGCUGGGAGCUGACAAAACCAUAAGGACAAAGACUGGCAAAAGCCCUGCUGAUCUAGCUGAGAUGUUCAGGCACGCUCAGAUAGCCCGGAUUUUAGCUUCAUCUUCCAAACUCUCUGCCGUCCCAGCCUGCUCUUCUUCUAUGGAAGAGACACUAGCUAAGCUUUUUAAGACAAACUCUGAUGUUCUAUCUUCUGUGGAAAGUGCAACAAAGCUUGAUGAACUUGAACUUCUCCUGCAUGGCCUUAAUCUGGGGUACCUCACUGACAUCAUGGCUGAAAACGACAUCACCUGGAGCUACCUCCUGACCAUGGAGAAGGAAGACUUUGAAAAGAUUGGCAUCACCAACCCAGUGGACCAGCAGAAGGUGUUGAGCGCUGUGCAGCAGAUGCACCUGGACAAAGUAGACCUAGACAAGAUCCAACUGGGAACUGGAGACAAUGGGUGUGAAGAUCUGCAAAACUUCCUCCUAAGUGUGCGUCAUCAGUGCUGCUACUUGACAGAGAUGCUUCAAGAUGUCAUCAGCCGUUUCCCCCGUCAGGCCUCUCAGCUGGUCCUCUCUCUGGACCCGAAGAAAGAAGCCCAGACUGUCUGCAGCCAGCUGGUUGUCCAGACUAAAGACCUGCAGAAGGAAGUCAGCUGCCUCCACAAUCUGCUUUGCCAGAUUGACGCAGCUAAGGAUUGCUGUCGGCUUCCUGAGCCGGAUUCCCAGCAGAGAGCCUGGACCUGGGCUGUGACUGGAGUUGGUGUGAGCAUCCUGGGAGCCGCUCUCUUCCUGUUCCUCUGCAAACCUUCAAGGGCUGCAUAAAUACAAGAACACAGACAGCAGUGAACGGAUUCAUUCUAAUGUUUUAUUUGAUUAUUGUAAGCUAUAUAAAAUAGGGUUACAAUUUAGGCAUGCUUGGGAAGUUUAACUUGUCUUCCUUCUGUUUUCUUUUUGCAAUUAGUUAGAUUUUUCUCUUAAAAGUGUUUUGAGUUAGGCUGAAGGUUAACCAAGAGAUUUUUCCUCUGUUGCCAAAUAAAAAAUUGGGACAUUUUGACUUUCUUUUUCCCCCCACA